AUGUCCAUCGAAAACCUCAAGACCUUCGACCCCUUCGCCGAAGCCGACGAAGACACCGGUGAGACUAAACAGUCUCAGAAUUACAUUCAUAUACGAAUUCAACAGCGCAAUGGUCGUAAGACAUUGACCACCGUCCAGGGUCUUCCUAAGAAGUUUGAUCAGAAGAAGAUUCUCAAGGUCAUCAAGAAGAAAUUUGCUUGCAAUGGCACCAUUGUCAACGACAGUGAGAUGGGAGAGGUGAUCCAGCUCCAGGGUGAUCAGCGCAAAGAUGUUCAGGAGUUCUUGGUCGACAAGAAAGAGGGCUUAGAACUCGACGCCAAGACCAUCAAGGUCCAUGGGUUCUAA